CCACAGUCCAAUUACAACCGCUCAGCGAUCAGGACAUCUCAACAAAACAGACUUCAUACCCUGCCAAUGCAAACUAUGUUUCUUUCGCCAUUUCCUCCGGCGUCUUCCCCUGCAACAACCACGAAUUUGAUGGACGCACCAAACUGCGACGCAGAAGCAACCCUCUACAUUCAGAAUCAUCCUCAAACCCGCCAUGGACCAGGAUGAUGUUACCGAGAAAGGGAACGAAAUUCAACACGCACCUAGCUCAACUCUCCUUCCAGCACCCAUCGCCGGCGUGGUGAGCCUCGUCACUCGAUCGAGCUCCCUCUACCUACGACUCGGCACAUUCAUCGGUGGGCUUGCCCUCGAUGGCGCACGCGUUACAACCUUAACUGGACUGGAACUCAGCAGGGCGAUAAUUGAAGGCAUAUUAAGCCGGGCAGGUCGAGAUGUGUCAAACCGCGCAUCUGGAGAGCUGGGAAGAGCAGAAGCCGAGGGGAUCUUGGAACGAAGUAUUGCCACCCUCCACUCAACCAUCACGAACAUUUCCUUCGCGGCUUCGACGGGCUUUCACUUCUCUGCAGCUGCAUUGAACUCUGCAACGGAUAUAUCUCAACAGCUAUUGGCGGCGUUGGAUAGUAUACUGGGCAGUACCGAUUCGAGUCGAGCCAUCGCCAGCAUAAUUACAUUGAUUAGAAGGGAGUUUCAGAAUCCUGCCACUGGACAAGAGGGAGAGAAGGUGGGAGUGGCAGAUCUACUCUUGGGCAUUUGUGGUCUAGCAUUAUUACAACGGUGGUGCCGGAAGAUCACGGAAGAUGAGUGCAGGGAGAAGAAAUGGGAAGAGGUUGUGUGGGAUGUGGUCGUCCUGGACGAUGGACGUCGAGCGGAUGUUGUUGGAGACGCGGGGUCAAACAACGACAAGGCUUUGGUCCGAGCAGACUCGCUGUCGUUCAUGACUACCGAUGGGGACCAUGUCGUGCAGACGAUUGAGAGGGAAGCGAUAAGUCAUGAGGAUUCCGAGGACGAUAUGCCAGAGAUCAAUCUCAAGCAACGGAUCAUGCAAUCUCUCCCGGCAGAUGCUUCCGUUUCUAUCACGACGGAGACUACGACAACGAAAACCAUCACAGUUGAGAUUACCGGCACACAGCCUCCAGAUCUGUCGCCUCCACCCGGUGUGGAAAUCGUGGAAGAGAACGCACAUCAUACUGGGAACGAUGAUUUCAGUGGGGAAGUUUUGACAAAUGAACAGAAGAUACGUCUUCUAAUACCAGGGUAUCGGGUUGUGUAUCGGAUCGUUCGAAAUAGGCUACGAGGAGCCAUUGUCGAAGCAAAAGGAGCAAUUGAACACGCCGAAGACGCUGUCGAGAACGACGAGGAGAUGAAAGAUGCUCCUUUACUUGAUACACGGAAGCCUUCUGGAUUUGAAGUGUCUCCUAGCUCGUCCCCAACGACAAGUGAGGCGCUAGAGCUCCCCGAGAAGGACUCCCCUGUGAGGUCCAGCACACUUCACAGAGCAUCAAAGUUAGUGGAUUUGGGGAAGGAGAAAACUCCCUUCAGCUCAUCAACGCCCGCGCUGAAGGGCGCGGAGAAUGUUGCCAAUCAAAAGCGUUCGAGAAAACCAAUGAGCUCUGCCUCAUCCAUCAGUGGCUCUGACAAUCCGCCUCCCAAGAAAGCCGCGAUUACGAAGCCUCCACCAACAAGGAAGUCAAAAGCCGAACGACCAGCCACAACUCACGCUGAAAAGAGGGCCUCCUUUCGAAAUGCUCUCAAAAAGGGAUCCGGGACAACCCUCUCGAAUCUGUGGAACAAAGACUCUGCUACUGAAUCGUCGAGCAAAGCUAGCCCAUCGAAACCCCCCUGGCGUGUUCCGAAUCCAUCCACAAAAUCCCAUCUCCCUGUCCCACAAGGAAUCUCAAGCAUUAUUCCAGCCCGCGAUGCUCCUCGCCCACCACAGCAAGGGAACCCCAAUUAUUUCUCCUCGAGGGAUCUUGGUGUCAUGCAACCUGAUAUUCCUCGAAGCCCCUCGCGGGCGAGUUACUACUCUAUACAUGAACGACGACGUGACUCUGUUGUGUCUCAAACCGAUACAUAUUCGAUACACUCCGCUGACACUCGGCCGGGCUCACCAACUGCAUUUCGAACACAUCUGAAGGCCCAAAGUAGCCUGCUGCGAGCUCGAUCAGAAAAGAAUAUCGUUAAACAACAACAACCGACCUCACAAGUAUUGAACCAUCGACGAUCGAAGAGCCAUGUUCCAAGUAUCUACACUUUGAAAACCAACAACUCUGCAACUUCCCUCGUCCUUUCCAAUCCCUCGCGCCGUAGCGCCUUUGUCGACUCAGAAACCUUGGAGAGAUUGACGCAUACGGGAUUUGUUGACGGACUAUUCCCUCAGCAUCAUAUAGUUCGCAACAUUACACGUUUUGUGCGCUUUGCAUCAGCGUCAUACGGAGCUAGCUUCCUCCGCAUUAUGGGCAUCGCAACAUCUAAAUCUCCAGCUGUCAAGGAAAUCGACACCAAACAUCACCAUGAACACCACUCCUUCUCAACUCAUACACAACUUCCACCAGAUACGAUUCUUCUUUCAUCCUUCGUCGACCCACAGGGUGGUACGGACUCAUCCGGAAACACAAAUACUGGUAUUCCAAUGGUACAUUUCGUGUCGUUAGACCACGAAUCAAAGGCUGUCGUCUUGACUUGCCGCGGUACCCUUGGAUUUGAAGAUGUGCUAACAGACAUGACUUGCGAUUAUGAUGAGCUUUCCUACUGGGGAAAGUCCUACAAAGUCCACAAGGGGAUCCAUGCUUCUGCAAAGAGGUUGCUGGAUGGUGCGGGUGGAAGAGUCAUGGCCACCAUUGCUGCGUCAUUGGAGGAAUUCCCAGAUUAUGGACUGUUAAUGUGCGGCCAUUCUCUGGGCGGAGGAGUCACUGCUCUCUUGGCAAUCAUGAUAUCCGAGCCAUCUUCGGACCCAACCUCUAGUACUUUCUACACAUCUUCAGAUCACAGGCCUCCGCAGUUGAUGAUCACAAAUUCAGAGUCGGAAAAAGGAAGAGCUCCACUCCCAAGAGUGUCCCUGCCAUCAGGCCGACCGAUACACGUUUACGCCUAUGGACCUCCUGCCACUCUCUCCCCUUCACUCCGUCUUGCAACUCGCGGUCUCAUCACAACAAUUAUCAAUGGCCAAGACCUUGUGCCAUAUCUCUCACUAGGAGUUUUACAUGAUUUACAGGCUGUCGCACUAGCAUUCAAAACAGAUGAUUCAGGAGCAAAAGGCGAAGUCCGAAAUCGUGUUUGGGCAGGCAUCACAGGCACUUUCGCGGAUAAAUGGUACAGCAAUCGACCACCGGGCAUCGAAAACGAGGAAGACGAUCAGUGGGCUUAUUCUGCUCUGAAAGCAUUGCGCGCGUCCAUGCUAUCGGCGAAGCUUCUUCCUCCCGGCGAAGUCUUCAUUGUUGAGACAAUGCCUGUUCUGCAAAGGGAUGCAUUUCUCAAGGUUGGAGAAGAAGAAAGAGGUCUUGGGAGGCCUGCAACGAGGAGUGUGUUGAAGUAUAUACGGGAUGUGGAAAAGAGAUUUGGGGAGAUUAGAUUUGGUGGAGGCAUGCUACUUGAUCACAGUCCCGGUAGAUAUGAGGCGAGCUUGAAAGCUUUGGGAAGUGGAGUAUUAGGUUGAAUACACGUGUUUCCUCCCACGCUCUCUGGCUGAGUCUCGCCAUUUGACAUAUUGCGACUUGAGCACUCACUGGAAGAAAGUAGAAGCGUUAGAUGGAAAUACAAUCGCGUGUUCCUAGCCUUGGCUUCCAAAAACAGGAACAAUUAAUCUUGAUAAAGCCCCAACGCCACCUAGCUUUACAAUAAUUCAUCGGAGGAAACCUGACAUUAUUUUCGCAACUCGGGCAGAGAUUGUCUCACGCCUGGCAAACUGCUUAAAAAUCUACUUGCU